AUGGCGGUUUUGGUGGUCGAGGAUACAAUGCGCACCGUGAAGGUUUUGGUGGUGGUCGCCGGGGAAGAAAAUAGUGUGCCUCGUCAAGGCAGUUCAGCGCCUUCUAAAAGCCAAGCCAAUGUUUUCACUACCCCAAAUGCAAGAUCAGCGGGCAAAGGUCGUCAAUCGGCUGCUGGAGAAGUCCUAGGAGGUCUAGAUCCAACUCAGGAGAAUCCUGAACAAUUUUCAACUCAAGAAACCAGUCCAGAUGACAAACAUUGGUCUGAUCCUGAUGAACCUAACUUUGUUGAUGAUGUUGAAAUGCCUCACCCAGAUGAUAUAGAGGAUCCAUGGAAACCUUUGAAUCCACAUGAACCUGGCAACCUAAAGAUUCGGCCUUACAUGAGAGAUUUGAAAGAUGACAAUAGAUCAAAUACUGGCAUUAAUUUUGAUGAUGAUGAUCCAGACAUGCCAAACGACAUAGAUGUUGAUCCUGAUGUUCCAAUAUAUCUUGACGAGACUAUUGCUGCAACUUCCAAUGGUACACAGGAUGACAUAGAUACACAUGCAAGCCUCGACGACUUGUGUCAGUCACAUCUGGAUAAAAAUCUAUCUUUUGAUAUCGGUUUAUAUGGGGAGCAAAUCCUUGACACACUUUCAUCAAGAACUGAUAGUACAAGAACUGCAUCUUGUAGUGAGAUUGUUAGUGGCAGACCAAAGUAUAAGGUUGCCACAAAAUUCUGA